CGGAGAUUUAUUUGGAGGUCUAUCAAUUGACCUUACUUUAUUUUAGGAAAAUCUAUCCUUUAAUUUUUUUUUUUUUUUUUUUGUUUUGGGGCUGGGUAGCGGCCUACGCUCGUGGGCGCACGUUAGCAUCAAAAGAUUUGCAGGUCUGGUUUCGGCGUCUUCUGCUUGGGCUCAUCCACGUGAUUAUAAGCUCGGUUCAAAGCAUUUCUACUGUCCGCCCCAAACUGUCUUUCGGAAUCUGCAGUAUCGCUUCGAAGACGAGGGUUAGAGCUCCGGGUGAGCCAGGAAGUACAUGAAAUCUUCCUGUUCCUUCAAAACCCUAAAUCUUGAAGCGCAAUAGCCACGCUUUCUCAGAAAUAGCCUCUCUUCGAGGCCUGCCAUGGCCGGAGCUUCCAGAGAGCAGGCUCUCUCUCUCCUCGCCGCCGCGAACAACCAUGGCGAUUUGGCCGUCAAGCUGUCUUCUCUGAAACAGGUCAAGGAUAUUCUCGCGUCCGUCGAGCCUACUCUCGCCGCUGAGCUUUUCCCCUAUUUGGUCGAACUCCAGACCUCGCCGGAAAGUCUCGUUAGAAAGUCUCUUAUCGAGGCAAUGGAAGAGAUUGGGACUAAAGCAAUGGAGCAUUGUUCUAUACUAAUGCCUGUAUUAUUGGCGUUUUUAAAAGAUAGUGAUACUAUUGUUGCAAGGCAAUCCAUUGUUAGUGGCACAAAUUUGUUCUGCCUUGUUCUGGAGGAGAUGGCAUUGCAGUUUCACCGGCGUGGUAAAAUUGAGAGGUGGCUUGAGGAGCUUUGGACGUGGAUGGUUAAGUUUAAGGACAUUAUUUUUUCUAUUCUACUGGAGCCUUGUUCUGUUGGCAUGAGAUUGCUGGGGGUGAAAUUUUUGGAAACAUAUGUUUUACUUUUUACUCCAGACAGCAACGACUCUGAAAAAAAUAUCACAGAAGUUAAAAGAAGUAGACGGGCUUUUAAUAUUUCAUGGCUGGUUGGUGGCCACCCAAUUCUGGAUCCAGUUGCACUGACGUCAGAGGCAAAUAGGUCUCUUAGCAUUCUUUUGGACUUGUUGCGAUCAGCUAGCGGCCUUCCUGGUCCUUUGACAAUUACUGUUGUCAACUGUCUUGCAGCCAUAGCAAGGAAGAGGCCACUCCACUAUAGUACUGUUCUUUCUGCAUUGCUUGAUUUUAAUCCAAGCUUUGAGAUGGGGAAGGGAGGUCAUGCUGCCAGUGUCAUGUUUUCCUUAAGAACUGCCUUUUUAGGAUUUCUAAGAUGUACUUGUCCUGCCAUUGUAGAGUCAAGAGAUAGAUUGCUUAGGGCUUUGCGGGCAAUGAAUGCUGGAGAUGCAGCUGAUCAAGUUAUUCGGCAAGUUGAUAAAAUGAUAAAAAACAAUGAGCGUGCUUCUCGUGAUGCUCGAUUGGUCAAGGAUGAUCAAUCAUCUAGCCAGCUGCCUGUUUUGGGGGAUCAUUUGAAAAAAAGGCCUAUGUUUCAGGAUAAUGAAGAGCCAACUAAUGGUCAUGAGGUGGCUUCUAAAAAAAUUCGUUAUGGUCUUAACAACCAUUUGGUUGUGCCAGUUCAGUUGAGUGAUUUGGGGCAGGAUAAUUCGCCGGCUAAUGGACUAUCCUCUAAGGCUCCUUUGUUGGAUAGUGAUUUGACUCCUGUUGAGCAAAUGAUUGCCAUGAUUGGAGCUUUACUUGCAGAAGGAGAAAGAGGUGCUGAAUCACUUGAAAUUCUAAUUUCGAAUAUCCAUCCUGAUCUCUUGGCUGAUAUUGUCAUAACUAACAUGAAGCAUUUGCCAAAGACCCCCCCACCAUUAAUAAGACUUGGGAAUUUGCCAGUAACUUGUCAAACUGAUACUUCAAGUAGUCCAGCACAGGCUGUGGCAUCGACUGCUUCAACUGUGUCUCUGCAGUCUUCAGUUUUCACAGCACAAGUAUCUUCUUCGUCAGCCACUAUGAUCGGCGCACCAUUACCUGAUUUACCUGCUAUUGUCAAUGCAGAUGCUAAACGUGAUCCACGAAGGGAUCCCCGUCGGUUGGAUCCGCGACGUGUGGCAGUACCCACGGAAGCACCUUCCACUCCUAUCGUGGAAGAUUCUGAUACUGGUGCUGAGAUUGAUGGUUCUCUUUCUUCAAGUAAACCUCUUCCAUCUGAUGCAGUGGCAAGUGUUGAAAAUAUUUCACUAUCUUUGAUAACCAAAACCAAAAGUGAUGAUGAGAUUUUAGAAAGUACAGUGGCCUCUAUGACCGAUCAACAAACUUUGGAAGAGGAAGUUAUGGAUGGAGCCAUGGAAGUUGCAUCAAGUCCAGAGAUUGCUACUUCAGAUCAUGCUCUUUCUCCUGUUUGCACAGUAGAUGAUGUACUUGCCCCAAAGCCAUCAGAUAUUACAGUUACAGAUGGGGCUGAUGCAUUAUCUUUGCUAGAAUCGGAUCAGCAUUCUCCUUCUGUUUCAAGCACAUCUGCAUCUGAAGAGACUUGUCAUGAUUUACCUCUGCUUCCAUCAUAUGUUGGACUGACAGAAGAGCAGAAAAUAACUGUGAGAAAAUUGGCGUUCGAACGGAUUAUUGACUCAUGCAAGCAUUUACAGAGGACAGAUUAUAGCCAGACACGCAUGGCAUUACUUGCCCGUUUAAUUGCACAGAUGGCUGUUGAUGAGGAUGUGAUUGUCAUGCUGCAAAAACAUAUUCUCUUAGAUUAUCGACACCAAAAGGGGCAUGAACUUGUAUUGCAAGUCCUGUACCACCUGCAUGCUUUGACAAUCACAGAUUCAGUCGAGCAUUCUAAAUUUGCUUCUGUUCUGUAUGAAAAGUUCCUCCUGGCUGUGGCAAAGUCAUUGCUGGACAAUUUACCUGCCUCAGACAAGUCUUUUAGCAGACUUUUUGGUGAAGUUCCUCUUUUGCCAGACUCUGCCUUGAAGUUGCUGGAUGAUCUUUGCUAUGCUGACGUUUACGAUCACAGUGGAAAAGAAAUUCGUGAUGUUGAUCGAGUAACUCAAGGACUUGGUGCCGUGUGGAGCUUGAUUUUGGGGCGUCCACCUUAUCGGCAAUCCUGCUUGAAUAUCGCUUUGAAGUGCACUGUUCAUCCACAAGAUGAAAUUCGAUCAAAAUCUAUCCGGCUGGUGGCUAACAAGCUAUACCUUCUUAGUUUCAUUACAGAGAACAUUGAGCAAUUUGCAACAAGUACAUUAUUGUCAGCUGUUGAUCAGCAUGUUUCGGAGAUAGAGGUGUUGCAAGCUGGCUCUGAGCAAAGAACAGAGGGGGAGGUUAGUAUCCAGGAAACCUCAAUCAGUGGUUCUCAAAUUUCAGAGCCUGGAACCUCUGAAAAUGACUCCAUGAGAGGUGCACAACCCAUUAUUGGGAGUGUUUCGAACAUGGUCUCUCGUAAAGCUCAAUGCCUUAUUUCUUUAUAUUUUGCUUUAUGCACAAAGAAGGCUAGUCUUCUUCAACUUGUCUUCAAUACUUAUGGGCGAGCUCCUAAGACUGUUAAGCAGGCCUUUGGUCGCCAUAUCCCUAUUCUUGUAAGGGCCCUAGGGUCGUCAUGUUCUGAAUUGCUCCGUAUAAUAUCUGAUCCACCCCAAGGAAGUGAAAAUCUUCUGUCACAGGUGCUGCAAGUAUUAACGGAAGGGACGACACCUUCUUCUGAUCUGAUUGCAAUCGUUAAACAUUUAUAUGAAACUAAGUUGAAGGAUGCUACGAUUCUUAUCCCAAUGUUGUCAUCACUUUCCAAAAAUGAGGUGUUACCUAUUUUCCCACGACUAAUUGACCUUCCAUUAGAGAAGUUCCAGCUUGCUCUUGCUCGCAUAUUACAGGGCUCAGCUCAUACAGGCCCAGCUUUGACGCCUGCAGAAGUUUUGGUUGCAAUCCAUGACAUUAAUCCUGAGAAAGAUGGCCUUCCUCUCAAGAAGAUUACAGAUGCUUGCUCAGCUUGUUUUGAGCAACGUACAGUCUUCACGCAGCAGGUCUUGGCGAAGGCCUUGAACCAGAUGGUUGAUCAAACUCCUCUUCCUCUACUCUUCAUGAGAACAGUUAUUCAGGCAAUUGAUGCCUUUCCUACACUGGUUAAUUUUGUUAUGGAGAUACUGUCCAAACUUGUGAGUAGACAGGUAUGGAAAAUGCCAAAGUUGUGGGUUGGGUUUUUGAAAUGCGUAUCCCAGACACAGCCACAUUCUUUCCAUGUGUUGCUGCAGUUACCUCCUCCACAGCUUGAAAGUGCUUUGAACAAACAUGCUAACCUCAGAGGUCCCCUUGCUGCUUAUGCUGGCCAGCCGAGUAUAAGAAGUUCACUACCUAGGUCAAUACUUGUAGUUCUUGGCCUCGUAAAUGAAUCACAUCUGCAACAACCACAGCUUGCAUCCUCUUUGCGUCCUUCAGACACGAGUUCUGUUCAUGGAGCAACUCCUACAUAACUGGAUUCUUAGAACUAACCAGUUAGAGUCUCAACACACUAGACUUUUCAGGAGGUUGGUCCACCAGCCCUUUGUCAGAGAGCCUAAUGAAAUUGGUCAUAUGACGGUCUAUCAGACAGAUAUCUCAACCUGACUGGCGGAAAUAUGUGAACUUCAAAUUUGUCGAUUGGCAUGCGGGGUAGAAGUCCAAGCGAGGCAUCAACGGAAAACCCAUCUUUCCCCCACAAUGGAAAAGAAGAAGAAAUGCCAUCUCCUACACCCCCACCCCACACCUGCACCCUUUUUUUCCUUCCCCUUACCCCAAUCUCCUCCCCCCAACCCGGCUGCUUUGGCAAUGUACCAUAGCUGUAUUCAUUUUAGUUGUAUUAAUCAUUUUCUUUAUUACCAUUCAUUUGUUUAAAUUUUGACCGUCAAAACAUGGGCAUAUGUAAUUAAAACCAUUUGUGAUCCUGCAAAAAAAAGAAAAAGGGAAGGGGAAAAUGAAUGGUUCGAUGCAAACCUGCUAUAUACAGGUUAAGAGUACAAAA